UCUCCAUUUCAUUCUGUCUCUUCUUACUUUCCGUGGUGCUAAAAAAACAUGUAAAAAAUGUUGUCCUCCGUUCUCCUCCCACUUGUUGUUGGCGUACUUGCGACUUCCGCUUGUCCACCUCCCCCGAUUGCCACCCUUUUCCUCUUGGACGAUGAUGUGGAACCAAUCGGCGACGUGGGCGUGACCAAGCUGGACUUCAACAUGUCGAAAAGUUCACCCAAACCAAGUUUCUUGCUGCACUGUGCGCAUAGUUCCCCAAUUCGCUGGGUGCUGGAUGAGGACUUGACGCUGGGCGAAAUAAGUCAACCUGCCCCCUCGCCCACGUUGCGAACGAUCCACAACUUUCACGACCCAUCCACCUACAGGUACUUGGCCCACUACUACAUCGAGAUGCAACACCCGUCCAGGGACCACGUCUUCGUUUGUCAACCCUUCCAAAACGAUGCCAACGCUUCCUGUGAUUCCAACCCGUCGCGUGCCGUCGUGCUGGCUGAACUUCAAUACACUCUGCUCGCUUCCAGCACCAAACUGCUUCGCGUCGAGGUCAUUUCGCCGGACGAACUCGUCUCCACCGUCGUCCCCCCGUUGGCAGAGUUUGACGCAAGAAUCAAGGCUCAUCAGGAAGUUGAAAGUGGUAGUAACCAGCCCAGCAACAAAACGUCCUGCCCUUUCAUCCUGAACCUGGCCUUGUCCGACACUACGAAAGCCCUCUACAUCGAGUGGGUCCCAGUCAACUCGUCCGGAUCCUCCGGCCUCGAGAACGUCCACAUGAUCACAAGCGUCCAAUCUCUGCAAAACGUGAACAGGUUUUAUUCCCAAAUGGAGGAGGAUUGCGUCAACUUAGUGGACGUCGGGAGUAUAAAAAACAAAAAUAAAGCUCUUAGUUAUCAAGCUCACAAAUUCUACCCGCAAGUUCUCACCUACGCCCUGGGUGACGAGAGGCGAAUGCUCAAAAUAUUUUUCGAUUUGGCGCAAGACGUCAACUUUUACUACUCUUGGGAAAUGCAUGACCCACGCGACAUGGUUUACGGGGCAGUGGAGGAGAAAGUUGUGUACAAAGGACAAGCCUUCAUCGUCAAGUGCACGCCAUCCGUCUACCUCUUUUCACAAGGGGUGCAGAUCGCUUGGAGUUUCCAACACUUUGGGUCCGGAUUCAUUUCGCCGUCCAGUUUUCUUGAGAAGGAAGACUUUUCCGUGCAAAGUGGAAAUUACAAAGCGAGAGGACGAGUCUCCUUCGAGCGAGACUUUCUCGUCGACAAUGACCUUCACUCCGUCCAAAUCUCGUGUGUUUGUCCCCUCUGGAAUGAAAAUGGUUGGAUUAACCACACUUUCUCAGUGACUCUGAGGGACUCUCAACCUCCCUAUUUCAUUUUCUCUCCUGACGACGACCAGGACAAAAAUAGCCUCGAUAAUUCCACCACCAACGGCAACUUCACAUCCGUCACAAUCUACGACCUUGAGUACGGGGCUGAAGACAACUUUACAAUUUCCUGUGAAGCCGGAGGAGUUCCAUUGCCAAGCGUGGAGUUUACUCGGCCAAAAAAUAAUUUGGACACCGAACUCGAAACACGACUCGUUCAAAAUGGAACUGCUAUCCUGGCCAGUCUGCAUUUUCCGAAUAAUAUGACCUCUGAUUAUGCAGGUGAUUACAUUUGCGUCGCCAAAAGUGUGGUUGGCGAGACACGACGACUCUUCAAAGUGCGGAUACGGCAAGCCCUCCUCCCAAAAUUCGUGGUCAUAAUACUGGUCGCUGGGGGUGUCGUUCUUCUCAUUUUCGCCCUCAUUUCCACCGCUCUCUUAAUAAAGUUGAGGAAGGAGAAGGUCGAAUUCAUGCGAGCGACGGAGGAGGCAAUUAAAAAAUUUCGAGAAGGAUUUCAAACGACAGGAGAUUUAGGGUUCAAAUCCAACUCGGAGUAUAAAAACUACGAGAUUCCGCUGACGAGGUGGGGUUUAGGAAACACGCUGCUUGGUUCUGGUGCAUUCGGCGUUGUGCAGAAAGGAGUGAUUUAUUAUGGAGAAAAUCGCCAAGACGUCGUCGCCGUGAAGACGGUAAAUUCGCCCAAGGACGUCACUGACUUUGAAAGUUCACUAAUGGAGCUCACCAUAAUGUCGUACAUUGGGAACCAUGAGCACAUCGUAAGCUUGCGAGGAGCCUGCACCGAUAACUUGAUCAAAAGAAGCAUCUUAAUUGGCGUGGAAUUCUGCGCUAACGGAGAUCUGCUAAAUUAUCUGCAAAAGCGGAGAGCCCUGUUUCGCUCGUUUGUCUCGGGGGAUGGUCUCCUUUCGCUGGAUUCAAUCUCGGGCCGGUCGUCAUACGCCAAUGUGGCCAACUCUGGAAAUUUUACCUCACUCGACUUGUACAAGUGGUCCUUCCAAAUUGCAAACGGGAUGGCCUUUCUCGUUUCCAAGAAAAUCUUACAUUCCGACCUAGCCGCGAGAAACGUCCUCCUAACGCAGGACAAUAUUUGCAAAAUUAGUGACUUUGGACUCAGCAGGCAUUUACUCAUGUCGGACAAUUAUACCAAAAAGACAAAUUCCCCUCUCCCGUGGAGAUGGAUGGGAAUAGAGUCGCUAAAAUAUCGCCAAUUCUCGAGUGCCAGCGAUGUAUGGGCGUAUGGUGUCACACUUUACGAAAUAUUCGCCUUGGGAGAGGAACCCUGGCCUGGAAUGGCGUGGACGAACGAGUUCAUGGAGGAACUGGAGCGAGGAAGAAGAUUGGCCAAACCAAAGUUCUCCACAAACAACAUGUAUAACAAAGUAAUGCUUGAAUGUUGGAGGAACGAACCUUCUGAGCGAAUUACUUUCGUUCAAGCUAAAGAGUUCUUCGAAACGGCAAUAUCUAACUUAACCUCACCGGAAGGGAAGGGGGACGAAAUGCUAAAUAGCGUUUGUUAAUUUAAUAUGAAAAUGAUAGGUCAGGUUAGGGGACGUUCGCAGCCUUCAUACAAUGCAAUUUUUUACACCCACCCACCUCUUUUAACAUGAGGCACAUAGGCACGAUGCCAUUUGGCCCUGACCACCCACCCACACCCCUCUUUGCGUUAUGAAGUUUACGAACGUCCGUUUACCAGAGACCAAUUAAAUUAAUAUCAUAUUUCAUAUUACCUGCAUAUAACCUUAUACUUUAUACGUAUAAAUUGUUUCAAGUUUUUCAAUAUAAAUAGAAUAAAAUAACCCCUUCGAGUUAACGUUAUCAAA